AGGGAGGGAGGGAGGGGCGGCCGGCCUGCCUGCCUGGCUUUCCCCGCCCAGGACGGCGGCGGAGGCGGCGGCGCUUGUUGAUCGAGACCCCGGAGGAGGGAGAAGAAGGGCGACGGCGGAGGAGGCGAGCGAGGCCUGAGCGAGAAGCAGGCAUGGCGGGCCGCCUGGGACUAGGCCUCGGCCUCGGCCUCCUCCUCGGGCUGCUCCUCGCGGCCUGCACGCCCGGGACGCGCGCCCAGAGCCCCGACCGGAUUUGCCCCAGCAUCAACAUCCGGAACAAUGUCACCCUCCUGAGCCUCUUGGAGAACUGCACGGUGAUCGAGGGCCACCUCCAGAUCCUGCUCCUCUUCCACACCAAAGGCGAGGACUUCCGGGGGCUCAGCUUCCCCCGCCUGACCGUCAUCACCGACUAUUUGCUCUUCUUCCGGGUCUACGGCCUGGAGAGCCUCAAGACCCUCUUCCCCAACCUGACCGUCAUCCGGGGGACGCACCUCUUCUUCAACUACGCCCUGGUCAUCUUCGAGAUGCCCCACCUCAAGGAGAUCGGCCUCCACAGCCUCAUGAACAUCACCCGGGGCGCCGUGCGCAUCGAGAAGAACGCCGAGCUCUGCUACCUCUCCACCAUCGAUUGGUCCCGCAUCUUGGACUCGGUGGAGGACAACUACAUCGUGGAGAACAAGGACGACAAGGAGGAGUGCGGGGACGUCUGCCCGGGCCUCGCCGAAGGGAAGAGCAACUGCCUGCCCACCAUGUUCAACGGCAUCUUCACCGCCCGCUGUUGGACCUACGAGCAUUGCCAGAGAGUGUGUCCCAACGAGUGCAAGUCCCCCGGCUGCACCCCGGAGCAGCAGUGCUGCCACCCGCAGUGCCUGGGCAACUGCCUGGAGCUGGACGACCCCGAGAAGUGCGUGGCCUGCCGCAACUACGUGCUGAACGGGAAGUGCAUCGAGACCUGCCCACCCAAGUUCCUGCGCUUCCGGGGCUGGCGCUGCGUGACCUUCGACUUCUGCCAGAGCCUCCACAACGCCUGCAAGGCCGCCCGGGAGUCCAACUGCCACGUCGUCCACAACGGGGAGUGCGUCCCCGGGUGCCCCUCCGGAUACACCAUGAACUCCACCAACCUGCUGUGCACGCCGUGUGCGGGGCCCUGCCCGAAGGUCUGUCACCUGGAGAAGGAGAAGAUCAUCGACUCGGUGACGGCCGCCCAAGAGUUCCGGGGCUGCACCGUGGUCAACGGGAGCCUGACCAUCAACAUCCGGGGAGGAAGUAACAUUGGGGCCGAGCUGGAAGCCAACCUGGGCCUGAUCGAAGAAAUCUCGGGCUACUUGAAAAUCCGACGUUCAUACGCCCUGGUGUCGCUCUCCUUCUUCCGCAAGCUCCAUCUCAUCCGAGGACGGGAUUUGGAAGCCGGGAACUACUCCUUCUACGCGCUGGACAACCAGAACCUGCGCAAGCUGUGGGACUGGAGCAAGCACAACCUGACCAUUGCCCGGGGGAAGCUCUUCUUCCACUACAACCCCAAGCUCUGCCUCUCCGAGAUCCACACCCUGGAGGAGAUCUCCGGGGCCAAAGGCCGGCAGGACAAGAACGACAUCGCCCUCAAGACCAACGGGGACCAGGCCUCCUGCGAGAACGAAGUGCUCAAGUUCUCGGUCAUCAAGACGUCCAGCGACAAGAUUGUGCUGAAGUGGGAGCCUUACUGGCCGCUGGACUUCCGCGACCUCCUGGGCUUCAUGCUCUUCUACAAGGAAGCGCCCUUCCGGAAUGUGACGGAGUUUGACGGGCAGGACGUGUGCGGCUCCAACAGCUGGACAGUGGUGGACAUCGACCCCCCGCCCCGGCCCACCGACGGGAAGCCGCCCAUCCACCCGGGCUGGCUGCUGCGCAACCUCAAGCCCUGGACGCAGUACGCCAUCUUCGUCAAGACCCUGGUCACCUACUCGGACGAGCGCCGGACCUACGGGGCCAAGAGCGACAUCAUCUACCUCCAGACCAACGCCUCCGUGCCCGCCGUCCCCACGGACCCCAUCUCGGUCUCCAACUCCUCCUCGCAGAUCAUCCUGAAGUGGAAGCCGCCCUCCGACCCCAACGGGAACAUCACCCACUACUUGGUCUCCUGGGAGCAGCUGAGCGAGGACAAGGAGCUCUACGAGCUGGACUACUGCCUGAAAGGCCUGAAGACCCCCUACCGGGCCUGGUCCCCCCCGCUGGAGUCGGAGGACGUCCACAAGCACAACCAGAGCGAGAGCAGCGAGGACCCGGGCGGCGGGGCCUGCUGCUCCUGCCCCAAGACCGACUCCCAGAUCCAGAAGGAGAAGGAGGAGUCCGCCUUCCGCAAGACCUUCGAGGACUACCUCCACAACGAGGUCUUCAUCCCCAGGCCCAUGCGGAGGCGGAGGGACGUGGGCCGCGUGGCCAACCACACCGCGGCCCCUCCGGCCGUCCUGGGCUUGGCCAACGGCUCCACCGUCGCCCCCGAGGACCCCCGCCCCUCCGCGAUGGUGGUCCAGAAGGAGUCGGUGGUCAUCUCCAACCUGCGGCACUUCACCAGCUACUGGAUCGAGAUCCGGGCCUGCAACCGGGAGGCUCCCACCGAGUGCGGGGUCUCCGCCUACGUCAGCGCCCGGACCAUGCCCGAAGCGAAAGCGGACGACAUUGUGGGUCCCGUCACCCACGAGGUGGUGGAGAAGAACACCAUCCACCUGCGAUGGCAGGAGCCCAAGGAGCCCAACGGACUCAUCAUCCUCUACGAGGUCUACUUCGGCCGCCUUGGGGAUUCCCAGGAAAAGCCCGAGUGCGUGUCCCGCCGCCAGUUCUCCACGGAGCAAGGCUGCAAGUUGAAGGAUCUGCAGCCCGGGAACUACAGCGUGCGCGUCCGGGCCACCUCUCUGGCCGGAAACGGCUCGUGGACCGAGCCCGUCUUCGUCUUCGUCCCCGAUUAUUCCGACGCUCCCACCAACCUGGUCAGCAUCAUCGUACCGGUCAUUUUCUCCCUCAUCUUCAUCAUGCUUAUCGGAGGCACCUACGUCUUCAUCAAAAAGAGGCAGACGGAAGGGCCGACGGGGCCACUCUAUGCCUCCUCCAACCCCGAGUACCUCAGUGCUAGUGACGUGUACGUCCCGGACGAGUGGGAGGUCCCGCGGGAGAAGAUCGCCCUCCUGCAGGAGCUGGGCCAGGGCUCCUUCGGCAUGGUCUACGAGGGCAUCGCCCGCGACAUCGUCAAAGGCGAGCCCGAGACCCGGGUGGCGGUCAAGACGGUCAACGAGUCGGCCAGCCUGCGGGAGCGCAUCGAGUUCCUCAACGAGGCCUCCGUCAUGAAGGGCUUCAGCUGCCACCACGUGGUCCGCCUCUUAGGGGUGGUGUCCAAAGGGCAGCCCACCUUGGUGGUCAUGGAACUGAUGGCCCACGGGGACCUGAAGAGCUACCUGCGGUCCUUGCGCCCGGAGGCAGAGAACAACCCCGGCCGGCCGCCCCCGACCCUCCAGGAGAUGAUCCAGAUGGCGGCGGAGAUCGCCGAUGGCAUGGCGUACCUCAACGCCAAGAAGUUCGUCCACAGGGACCUGGCAGCCCGGAACUGCAUGGUGGCAGAAGACUUCACCGUCAAAAUUGGAGACUUCGGCAUGACGAGGGACAUCUAUGAGACGGACUACUACCGCAAGGGAGGGAAAGGCCUGCUGCCCGUCCGGUGGAUGGCCCCGGAGUCCCUGAAAGAUGGCGUCUUCACGGCCUACUCGGACGUGUGGUCCUUUGGGGUCGUCCUUUGGGAGAUCAACAGCCUAGCGGAGCAGCCCUACCAGGGGCUCUCCAACGAGCAAGUCCUGAAAUUCGUGAUGGACGGCGGGUGUCUGGAGCAGCCCGAAAACGGCGCCGAGCGGCUCCACAACCUCAUGCAGAUGUGCUGGCAGUACAACCCCAAGAUGCGCCCCUCCUUCACCGAGAUCAUUGAGAUGCUGAAGGAGGACCUCCACCCCACUUUCCGCGAGGUCUCCUUCUUCUACAGCGAGGAGAACAAGCCGCCGGAGACGGAGGAGUACGAGCUGGACUUUGAGAACAUGGAGAGCAUCCCGCUGGACCCGGCCUCGUACACGCAGCGGGACGAGAUCCUGGGCCGGGACAGCAGCCCCUCGGUGGGCCUGAAAGGGAACUAUGAGGAGCACAUCCCGUACACCCACAUGAACGGGGGCAAGAAGAACGGGCGCCUCCUCUCCAUGCCCCGCUCCAGCCCCUCCUAACCCCCCGCCGCCGCCCCUUCUCUACGUCAAUCUCAGGACCCACAAAAUCUGCGGAGACAACGUGGACUCGCUUUCUAUUCAGAUUUUUUUAAUCACCAGAAGAUUAAAAUGGACGCAGGGGCAAAGCAGGGGGCAGGACGAGGGAAUGGGGUUCUCGUCACGUGUUUUUGUCUCGUGUUGUUUUCCGCUCGGUGCAAAUUUCUUUCUUUGACACGGACGGUUCUGUGGCUGCUGAAUCCCCUUUGGGGUGAGGAAGGGUCUGGCGUCGGCCCCGCCGUUGUCGUCGUUCCCAUCAGAACCGGAAGACGUUCGACCUCAGUGGAGGUGGAGGCGUGUACGUUUGGAAGCGGGAAACGCCGCCUCUUUCCGAGCGGGCCCUCACGCUGCGUCUUCUUUCUCUCGUCUUUGUAUCCCUCUGAUUUGACCAAUCGUUGCUGCUUAUUUUUUUCUUAAUGAGUUAUACUACGUGUAUGUGAAUGAGCGAGGUUUCUGUGGAAAGCGGGCGAGCCUCUCCUUUUUGUACAUAACCGUUUUAUCUCUUCUGCGGGAUGCGUGUGUGGUCGGCCUUUCGCUCUCCUCUCCCUUUUCUCUGCCUCCCUGGAGCGAAUGAAUCCUGAAUAUAGAUUAUUUUUAUAUCUCCACGAACUCUCGGGGACGGGGCUCCUUGUCAGCCAAACGAGGUCGUCAAAGCAGUCGCCCGGGUCUUGUCCGGAGUUGUCGAACACAAUUCUCACCGUUCGCAUUCGUUUUUAUAUCUCUACGAACUUUUGGGGACGGGACUCCUUGUCAGCCAAACGAGGUCGUCAAAGCGGUCGCCCGGGUCUUGUCCGGAGUUGUUGUCGAACACAAUUCUCACCGUUCGCAUUCAUUGUCAGGUCUCUCUGUGUGUGCAUUUUGCGUGUUUUUCGCGCCGUGACGCAUUUCAGUUGUAGCCAGCGAGCCUCCGCGUUUUCUCGGAGUUCCUUUUAACCGCCAAGGAGUUGCCCAAACUCUUUUAGUAUUCGGAGCGUGUGUACACUGCACGUGAGUGUGCCCAUGUUGACAUUGUGAAAGGUACACUCCCCUCCUUCAACCUUUAAUUGUACGAACCCCAAAGGAGUUUCCGGGCUGGAGGAUGAUUCGUGAUUUCGUCCCUCCGUCCUUUGCCCCUCUUCUUCUUCUUUUUUUGGGGUCUCACGUGCCUUCCAGACGGUGCCAGGGAAACAAACCUAGAGCUUGGGAGAGUUUGUUUUCUCUAGACUCCUCUCGUUUCCUGCGCUUCGAGAGGCGUUGCUUAUUUAUACCGGUCGCCUUCCGUCUCCCGGUGCCUCUCAUUUCGGACGGGUCGGUUGCGUGCAAAUAAGCCCUCCGUUCGGAGCAGCUCUCUUUCCAUUUCCCUUCAUGGAGAGCCGGGGAAAAGUCUUGGAUUUUUGUAUUUUUCAUAAUAUCAAGGUACGGGAAAAUAAGGGGGUCCUGCUUUCUCCCCCGUUCGUUCCUUUGCGCCCCCAAAAUCCACAAACAUUUCGCGCGUUCACUGUCCGACUCACGAGGCCGCGUCUUUGCACUUUUCCUGAAUAAGCUUUUAUUUUUUAUUGUUUCAAGAAAUUAGUUCCGUAUAAUGUGAAUCGUCGCUGGGGAAGGAAGGAGAAAACGAAACACAACAAAAUGCCAUAAAACCACGCAAGGGUCUCGUUUUCUUGGUGGAGAAAAGGAAGGCCUCCCCAAAGGUUUCUCGGUUUCCCUUUGGAAAGGCAUUCGUCGGAUUUAAGUCGGAGAGAGAAAGGCCAGGCCGGCCGAGGUGACCGUUUGGGUUUCGGGGAGGAAACCGGACGGGAAACUGACCUACUCUAUGCCUCUCGGAAGGUCCUUUUGCAAAGCCUCUGGGCCUGGCAAAGGGGAGGAUCUGGGGGGAGAACGGGAGUCUUUUUUUUGUUUUUGUUACACAAACCCUCCUUCUCGUUGUCCUUUGAGCUUUUGGGCAAGGUUGGGUGGCCUUAACGUAAUCCGGAAAUUUAUCGCUUGCCCCGCCCCCUCUUUCCCUCCAGCAGAUCCUCACGAAAAACCCACUUCCUGACAGUAUUUGUGGGAUUGAGUUCAGUUUCCCGCAACCGCUUUCCUUGGGGUUCUGGGAUUUAGACCUUUGCGGGGUUUCCGUAUCCAACCCUUUCCCCAGAAUAGGCUCCAGUUUUCGGUUUUAUCCCGACCGCCGAAGCCCCGGAUCACUCCUCGAUUUCCGAGACAAAUUUUCCACCUUUGAUGCUCAUCCGACAGUUGAUUUUCUGAUGCUCGGAAAUUGGGGAGAAAGAAAUGCCGGAGGGAGAGAGAAAUCCAUUUUCGGGGACUCUCGAAACAUGUUUCAUCUUUGUUGUUCAUCCGAAUGGUUGAUUCUCGGAUGGUCAAAAAGGUUUGCAGUGCUUUGCCGAGAAACAAACGCUGGGGGAAGAUAGGAGUCAAUUUUUCGGGAACCUGCAAAAUAUUGAUCACCUUUGAUACACAUUGAUGGUUGAUUCUCCAAUGAUCGAAAAGGUUUGCAAUAGUUGUUUGGGGAGAAAGAAAUGCUGGAGGUAGACGGGUGUCCGCUUUUUGGGGAAUCAGACAACAAGAACCCUUGAGUGGAAAGUUGGAAGGUUUUGGCAACUAAAACAAAGGGGGGGGAAAUGCCUCUCAAAGGAUCCGACCUAGUUUGUGCCCUGGUUUGUUGUUUCCGGGAUGGGGCGACGGAGGGGGAAAGACACCCACUUGAUUGAUUUCCCUUUAAUUUUGUUUUUCUUUUCAUUGCUUCGAUAUAACGAGCCAAGCCGUGAUGUGUUCAGAGAGUAUCUUUGAAUCUAUCUCUCGCUCGCGCUAUACAUAUAUAUAUAUAUAUAUAUAUAUUAAAAUUUUAAAAGUGGGAAACUUGCUGUGUGUAAAAUAUUGAACAAUUAACUGUUUAUAUUAGGGAAGAAAAUUCUGAAUAAAUUAUCCAAUUAAUAUUUUCAGAUUUGAA